AAAAUAGGCACUCACCUGCAGAUGCCGUUAUCUACAGUCAGAGCUAUCAUCAAAAAUUUAAAACAUCUAUAACAGUGACAAACAAGCCUGGAAGACAACGCAAGUGUGUCUUGCCACCACGCACAGUGAGAAGGAUGGAGUUUCAGCAAAUACUAGCCACUGGAAAAUGUCAAGACGCAGCAGUCGUAACACUCUGCAAGAAAGGGACGAAAAUGCACCAGAACACAACAUCAAAUGUCCACAGAAGAGAAAAGCUGAGCCAUCCAAAAAGAAAAUACCGGGGUCAGCCAAGAAACAAAGUUAUGAAAUUCAGAACCGAUGGGUGGAAGGUGAAGUCAGCCCCUGCAUCCUUGUUGAGACUCCUCACAAAGACUUGGAAGAGACGAAUAACCUGUCUGGCUUUAAACACUUCCGCUUCAAGAACCUUUUCAUCAAGCCCUCUCCACUGCCUUGUCUCAGUUGGGCAAGCUCAGAUGAUGUGUGGAUUAAGAUGCUGAAUAAGGAACUGAAUUAUAUUCAUGACAAAAGCUUCGUACAGCAGCACCCCAACCUACAGCCUAAGAUGAGGGCUAUUCUUCUUGACUGGCUUUUAGAGGUGAGUGAAGUGUACACACUUCAUCGUGAGACGUUUUACCUGGCUCAGGACUUCUUCGAUCGCUUCAUGCUGACUCAAAAAGACAUUGGCAAGAACCAGUUGCAGCUUAUUGGUAUUACUUCAUUGUUCAUCGCAUCCAAAAUAGAGGAAAUCUACCCACCAAAGCUUCAAGAGUUUGCCUAUGUGACAGACGGUGCAUGUGAUGAAGAAGAAAUCAUUGAAAUGGAGCUUGUUAUGCUGAAAGCCCUGAACUGGCAGCUCUGCCCCGAAACAGUCAUAUCAUGGUUGAAACUUUACGCUCAAGUAGACUCUUUAAAAGAAAGCCCCCAUUUCCUGGUGCCUCAGUUUUCUCAGGAAACUUAUAUACAGAUCACUCAAUUAUUGGAUCUUUGUAUAUUGGACAUUAACUCAUUAGAUUACCAGUAUGGCGUUCUGGCUGCUGCUGCAUUUUGUCACUUUACCUCCAUUGAAACUGUACAGAGAGUAUCAGGUCUAACAUGGGACAGUAUAUCCAGCUGUGUGCGCUGGAUGACCCCCUUCAUGAGGACAGUCAGUGAAUGUGGCAAGCCCAGGCUAAAGGACUUCAAAAAGGUGGCAACAGAAGACAGGCACAACAUCCAGACCCAUGUAGACUAUUUGGCUAUGUUGAAUGAUGCUCAUCAGCGACAGCAGGAGAGCUUGGACCGGUUAUCUCCAGUGCCUGUUGGAGGCCUGCUGACUCCACCCAAAAGCACAGAGAAGCCCCCAAAUGUCUGAGGCUUAACAGGGCCAACAUCUGCUGGCCAAUGCUCAUUUCUAAUCUCCAUGACCUGGUUGUCUGCAGCUCAUGAAUGCGUUUCUGCUACCACUACAAGUUUACAAGGGUCCACAGCCCAAAGUGACAUGGACUUCAGUGCCGGAGUUACAGCAUAAGCCUUACAUUGGGGUUUAUGUACAUCAGUCUCUGUAAGAGCAAAAGAGAGUCGUGGUGCUAUACAUUGUUUGCAAAAUGGAAGUCUUGAUAAUGUGAGUUUGUUUGAUCUCACAAAAUGGAGGUGGGAGCAGUCUGAUGUGCCUUUAUUAAGACUAAAGGCAAUGUUUACAAGUAUUUCAGCCCUAUAUAGAUUAUUUUUUUAUUCUGGGCUUCUAUUUGUCAAACCGGUUCAGAGACCAAGUGGCUGUUUUUUAAAAUUGCUGUUCCUUUGUGGUUUUAAGUGUGUCGUGUGGAUUUGUUUAUUUUUAUUUUUUAUAUAAAUUAAAUGGAAGUGUGGGGGUGUUGUCUCAGCAAAUGUGCCAUGCUGCUGCUGCUCAAUUCAGUGGUGCUGUAAACCUGGUUAUUGUGAAGCAGAGCUCCUGCAGCAUGCAUGUAAAAAGUAAAGUGAAGGCUAUUUACUCUGCUUGUAUGCACAAUCACCCCCCCCCCCUAAGUUGAGCUUAAUUUUAAAAUUUCUAAAUGUAUUGCAUGUUACAUUGUCUUCCUAUUUUUAAAUAGAAUUUACUCAUUUUAUUGCCAAAGGCAACUAUUUAAUUUAAUGUGCUUUUUAUUUAUAAGUUUGUUCCUGAAAUGAAAUGCAGUAUUGUACUGAGCCUUACAUAUGUAGCAUAGCCUGAACUUUCAUUCUCAGUGAGCUAGGAGCCAAAUCCAGUGCCUGUAAACUUAAAUAUGGUGUAAAAUUAACCCUAUACAACUGUACAGAAGAUGAAUGUACAUAUUGUAAUUUUCAUGAUAGUGUCUCCAGUCUUUAAGUGUAAAUUUGUUAUAUUAAAGGAGCACAAAAUGUUUAA